AUGUCACAAACAGUCAUCCGCCUCGACGGCGAGCGGACCUCCGUCCGGAAACUCAAAGCCUUCCAGGAACCCAUCCCAUCGCCCUCGAAGCACGAGGUCCUGGUCCGCGUGCACAGUGUCUCGCUAAACUUCCGCGACAUCGCGGUGGCCACCUCGCAGUACCCGUUCCCCGUGAAGGACCGCGUGGUGCCGUGCUCCGACGCCGCGGGGACGGUCGUCCAAGUGGGCGAAGGAGUCAAGAAGUUCGCGCCGGAGGAUCGGGUCGUCGCCACCUUCGACCCGACCAAUCUGUACGGACAGCAGGAGAACUGGGAGAACGGGCAGGGGGGGCCGAUCGACGGCGUGCUGCGCGAGUACAUCACCGUUCCCGCUGCGGCGGUGGUCAAGCUCCCCAAAGACGCGCCCCAGAGCCUCUCGGAGUGGUCGACCCUGGUGUGUACCGGGGUGACGGUGUGGAAUGCGCUCUAUGGCAAUCUGCCGCUCCGGCCGGGUCAGACGGUUCUGUGUCAGGGUACGGGGGGUGUCUCCAUCACCGGUGUGAUUCUAGCCAAAGCCGCUGGCGCGACAACGAUCAUUACCUCGUCCAGUGACGAGAAGCUCGAGAUGGUCAAGUCCAAGUUCGGCGCCGACCACGGCAUCAACUACAAGACGCAUCCCGAGUGGUCCCAGGAGGUGCUGCGGCUCACCAACGGGAAGGGAGUGGACUACAUCCUGGAGAAUGGCGGCUCCGGUACCAUCGCGGAGAGCUUGAACGCCGUGAAGAUGGGAGGAAAUAUCUCGGUUAUCGGCUUCCUGUCGCAGGCCAAGCAGUCGGAGAUGCCGGAUGUUGCGAGCCUGGCGCUGGCGAAGGGGGCGGUCGUGCGCGGCAUCACGGUUGGCUCGACUCAGCUUCUGGAGGAGGUCGUGCGGUUUGUGGCCCAGAAGGGACUUCGUCUGCCGGUGGAAAAGGAGUUUCGAUUCACUCAGGAAGAGGUGGUUAAGGCGUACGAGUACAUGGCAUCUGGGUCGCACAUUGGCAAGGUGUGCAUCAAGCUUGUUGACUAGGUAGAUUGGAGAAUUGGGCUUGUGGGGGUAUGAUCGAUGAUGCGUGAACAGCUAUGGAUAUGCAUUUGAGGAUUAGGGAAAAUUCAAC